UGGAGAAUUUGGAUGUUUCCAAUAUUGCUAGUGUGAAAAAGCGAAAACGAGGCUUGAAAAUGAUGAAAAAGAAAACACCACUGUUAGAUUUGGAUACAUCUGUACGCAGGAAGAGACUUAAUACUUCCCUCACCAAAAAGCUAAAUCUUAGCAUAAAUUCUGUACAGAAGCAGUCAUUGAGAGCCAAUAAUCGGGCCCUGGCAGUGAAUCUGGAGAGGGCCAAACAGGAACUCCGGACGGCUCUAGAAGUGAAUCAUGAACUUCGCAAGGAACUCCAGGAAAGAGAGAUGAGGAUUGUCAUGCUCGAGCGAGUGUCUGGACUGAAAAACGAGGAGAUCGAGGAGGAGGUGCUUAGAAGAGUAGAGCAAAAUCACGAGACUUUGAGGGGUAUUCUGACAGCGAUGGGAGAGAACCUGUUUGCGGUCAGCCAUAACCUGAGCGAGGCUCUUCAUCAUUGUGUCCAGUCGUCCAGACGGUCAACCAUUGGAUCCAGGAAGACUUCCUCUGUUGGCAACUCCUCUAAUGCGGAUUUGGAAGUUGAUGUCAAUGGCCCUGCAUAUCAGAGAUCUAUUUAUGCACAGACCAAGGGAUCCUCAUUAUCUCUCCCUAAGGAAGCCUUACCCACAUCAGAAGGGGGCCCUGCCCAGUCCCUCCCCAUGUUCCCCAUCAGUUCACACGACAUGAGUGUGAUUGCUGAACAGACAAUGAGUCUGGAGGACGUGGAGCCGCUUACUGAUUUAGACUCAGCUCUCCUUAACAUUAGUGAUGACUUAGAAGUAGAAUCGGGAAAAUCUCAGAACAGUGAAAAAGAAGAUAAAACUAAGUCACACGUGUCUAAACUCCCUCAACGUGUGCCAAGGAAGGAGAGAGCUGUAGGAAUAACAAAGGAGCCAUCAAACACAGAUAAUACAGAUGGUGGAAAGGAUGUAGAAGUUAUGGCUGAAAAAGAGAAGAAGAAGAUCAAGGAAAAUGGAAAAGAAAAAUCUAGGACAUCAAAGGACAUCAAAGGUGGAAGCUCUUUAGAGAAGAAAGUGAAGUAUAAGGAUAAAAUGGAUAGAAGAGGAACAUUUGUGGUGGCUGAUAUUGGAGAUUUAAAUUCUGAAAUGAAUUCCUGUCCACCUGCAGAGAAUGAAACAGAGAAUUCUGAUGAUAGAAGGAAGACUUUUGUCAAACCUCAGAGUUUAUUGCCAGAGGAGCCCAAAGACAGGAGGGAGACAUUUGUGGUUCCUCCGAAUUCAUCAGAGAGUUCAGAGAACCCUGAGCCAAUGGAAGAGGAUGAUCACACCAGGUACUUCAAUACAGAUAUGGAGAUGACUGAGGUGUAUAACUUUACACAACAGAUCUCAACUGACUCCAUCAAUAACAGCAACGAAACCUCAGUUUCUAAAAGCGAUGACAACAAUGGCAGCAAAAAGGGAGAGAAAAAUUCACAGAAAGAGAGUAAAAUCAGAGUGGAAGAUGAAAACGAUAACAAAGAUGUAGAGAAUUCAAAGAAAGCCUCAGAGAAGAAAGCAGCAGAGACUGUUGGGAAGUCCAAUGUGGCGGCUUUAAAGAGUAAACUGGAAAAGAUGAAAUCCAAUGAGCACUCAAAAUCAACUAAAACAUCUAAACGUGAUAAAGAUGAAAGCGUGGAAAAAACAGCAGAAAAGAAAGAAUCUGAGGAACCUGGAAAGAAAGACGGUGAAGCCACUGGAAAAUCAGUUGUUGAAAUGAGAGUAUCCAAGCCUGGCAAUUUUGAGUACCGUGCUUCAAGAAAAAUGGACGAUGGAACACGACAGCCUGUUCCCGAGAAACCUGUGUCCAGAGCCAGAUCAAAAGGGAAAGUGAAACUAAGUAAGGCUACCAGUGAAGUUAUCUCAACCAUCACCAAGACACCAGGCAAACCGAAAAACGUGUUUGACUUUGGGGACAGAACUCCAACUGUUACACUAGAUGUUAAAUCCUUGUACAGUGACCCCAACGAAGAAAAAGAAGUUAAAGAAAAAGAGGUUGAAAAGACAUCUAAUUCGAAAAAAGGCCAUCAUGAAAAAGAAUCGAAAGAUGACAGUAAAAAGGUUAAAAGUAAUAAGGAUGAGGACAAGAAGGUGAAAACAAAUAAACCAGUAAAAGAGCCCAAGCUUCUGCCAGAUAACCCAGUAUAUUAUGUACCAAUGGCCAAAGGGUCACCAGCUGUAGACAGGGAACCAGUCAGGCAAUCCAGAAGGUCAAGGUCAAGACCCCGAACCUAUAAAGAAGCAUCCUCUGAUGAAGAAGAGGAGGAGGAAGAAGAUACAGAAGUCAAGUCAAAAACUAAAAGACAAGGAAGGUCAAAAUCCAGAAAAAGGUAUAGCAGUGGAGAAGAGGAGCAGAUAGGAAGGAGGACAAGGUCACAGAGUAGGGGAAGAGGAAGAGAGAAAAAAGGAGAAAAGAGGGAGGAAGACAGCGACUAUGAAUCGUCAGCAGCUAGUGAGCAAAUUAGAUCUAGAGGCAGAUCAAGGAAACGAAGGGAUAGUAAUUCAGAAGAGAAGGUCAAGGUCAGUAAAGAGAGAACAAGCAGGUCAAGGACAAGGAAAUCUGUGGUACAGGAGAAGGAAAAUACUGAUAAAGCUGAGCAGGAGGAACCAAAUGGAGGGAAGGGUGAGGAUGCAGAGGAGGUAAAAAUUGUUAGGAAAACAAGAAGUAGGUCAAGGGCUCGGUCAAUGAAAGAAAAAGUGGAAGAAAUGGGGCAUCAAGACAAGGUGUGUCAAGAUAAAUUGUCAGAAACUGAGGUUAAUGAAAUUGAUUUGGACAUACAACCAAAUUCUUGUGCAGGUGAAAUAUCAAAUGAUGAAACAUCCCAGAAAUCAAGUAAAUCAUUUUUAGAGUCGUUGAGGAAGUCAUCUGGAUCAAAGGAGAAGGGAGAAGUAGAGCAGACAAAGAGCUUUCUGGCAUCUCUGGCUGGAAGUAAGGAACAGGAGAGAACAUCAAGGAAAUCAGACAGGCAGGAAGAGGUUCUGGUGUCUGUCAGCUCUGACGAAGACACAGCAAGGGAGGUUGUGCCAGAGGGACAGGGAUUGUCUGUAAAUGAGUCCUUGGUUGAGGUUAAUUCUGACAGUAGAGAAGAAAUGUCUUCAUCUUCUGCUUCAGCAAAGAUGAGGACAAAGAGAAAACAUGAAGAAGUAGAUGAAGACAAUGGAAGACUCAAGGAAAAGAAGGGAAAAGAAAGCAAUAAAAUGGAAGAGAAGAAAGCAAGAGAUGGAGCAGAAUUGAAAACUGUUAGUUCGAAAACUGAAGCAAAGAAGACAAGUGAGGGGAGCCAAGAAGAUACGUCAAGAAAACAUAGAGAAAAUAAAGACAAAACUACAACCUCGGAAUCAGUGUCUCCCAUCUCUGCUGUAAGUGUUGAGGAUCGAUUAUCCCACUUUGUACGAGAACGAGGUCACACCAAGCCCACAGUUGUGGAUGAUAACGAUGACAUUACUUUUUCUGAUUUUGAUAAACUCUAUAAACAUGUUUCGGCCAAAAGAGCAACAGAGAGCAGUAGUGGUGUUAAAGUAAAUAACCAGGAAGGGGCUGCAAAAGGUGAGAAAAAAGAGAAUGAUGUGGCAAAAAUAAGUCACAAGAGCCCUCUCUUGAAAACACCAGAGAUGCCAAGGAGGAAAAGUCAGAAGUCAGCAGUGAAAUCCAAGUCUAAGAAAAGCUCAAAGAAGAAAUCACAAGACAACCAAAGUGCCAAAAAAUCAAAGUGUCAUCAACAAUCAGAGACAACACCAAAGAGCCUAGGCUCAGAAAAAUCGAAGAGUCAUCAAGGAUCAGAAAAAACACAAAAUAACCAUGGCAUGGAGAAAGAAAAUACUGCUGAGAAUGUGAGCAGUAGUAAGGAGAAGCUAGCACUGCUGAAAAAGAGGCUGACAGAGAUCGGGCACCGAAAACCCUCCAUUGAUCCACUGUCUGAUAUUCAACUGGCUCAGUCUCUACCCUCCUCACCCAAUUCUGAAGAGCCAGAUAAAAAGCGACCCAGGCGAGGGGGACCAGUGUCUUAUAAAGAAAAACCUCUUAAUAGUAAGAUACGAAGAGGCGAUGCAUUCUUUGACAGAAGCUAAAGUUAGUUUUACCUGGGAUACAAGUUAAGACAGAUGAAUGCAGUUGUAGCAGAGCAGGUCUUGCCAGAGUCAAAGAAGACUGAACACGGUACAACUCAUUUCCUUCAAUAUCCAGAGAAUGAAGGAGUUACUUCCCUUAGAUGUAGUGCCAGCGCCUUUAUAAAAUCGUGAAAGUUGAAGGAUAUAAUCUGAGUAUAUACAAUUUUUACAACAAAAAAACCAUGAAUAUACCGUAAGAUAUAAGGUACAUUCUGCAUGCAAUGUUUAAUUUGUGAUGAUUAAUGUUUACUAGCAGGGAUUUUUUUUUCUAUUGUACAGGGGCUCCCAUAUGAUUGUGUAAAUGUGAAUUAUGUUUAUUUUAUGUUUAACACAAAAGAAAGUUAACAUGAUGCAGUUGUAGUACAUAGACUUCAUUUCCAAGUACUUCUAAAUCUUUCAAGAUUUCCUUUCAUCUCUUCUCACUAUGAUGCUUUUUUUAAUCUUUCCAAUGUUUUAUCAUUAUUACAUGUAUC